UACCAGCGAGUGGAUGUGUGCCGGGUUAAUUUGCGUACAUUGGCCUGCAACAUUUUUUUUGCCCUACUUCUGCUACUCGCCGCGAGACGAACCGUCUAAAUUUGCCACCCCAAGUGCUGCACACUUGACAAAGGUGAAAGUGAAGUGAUAUUCCCCUUAUUGGUCGGGUUAAGCCUCCCCGCAAAGACCAGCAGUGGAAAAGAGCCGAUCAAUCAAAUGACGUUGGGGUUGAAGUGAUUACUGGUGUGUUUAGUAAGUAAUUGUUUCGGAAAGGAUUUCCUGUUGGAAAGAAGUGUGAUAGUCAAAAAGAAAGUGGAUGAAAUGUUGCAACACGGUUACUACGAUGUAGUGCAAGCACAUUCGGAAGUGUCAUCCGGAAGUGAGUCGAACAAUAAUACGCCCUUUUCGGUGAAGGAUAUACUCAAUCUGGUGGAUCAGAAUGCGGCAGCUGCGGCUGCAGCUGCUGCCGCAGUGGAUGCUGAUUACCUCGGAAGCCAGAUGGACAGUUCCCCAAACACAUCACACCUCGGACUGACCUACAACGGUUACGACAACAACUACUCUAGCCACGGUGAUCCCUACCAGAUGAUCCCCCAUGGUUACAUCCCUGCGUCACAUCAUCAUCACGAAUACUCCAGCUACAGCCCAUCGCCCACCGCUUGCUACGAUUACAACGCGAUUCACACGAUGACAGCAGCAACAGCGACGGCUCCUCCGCCACCGCCUCACUACCACCACCACCCUUUACCCUCGUACAACUCCUAUCAUCAUCACCACCAUCAUCAUCUUUCGCCCACUUUGAUAGGUGGUACAUCCAGCAAUGGUGGCAGCUCUCACUCCGACCUGGAGAUGACACUCGGGGUCAUCAACGAACCAAAAGAGUGCUCCUUUCAGAUACAGGAUGUCCGAUCCACGAAUCCAGCGGCGAUCGACAUGAACGGAAUGAACACCGACGGUCCGCUUGGUUCCCCACCUGAAAGCGCACCCUGCCAGGCUCCGUCAACUCCGGUCCGCAAGCUCAAGGAUGAGCCAAACUUUGGCAGCACAUCGAACAGCUCCAAUCGGGUGACUUCCGAGCAUGUACAGGAACUCGAUAGUCUGUGUCAAAUGAACAACAGUGAAGAAGAACUGGUGCAAAAAGAAUGCAACUCCCAGCUUGUAACCUCUUCCCGUUGUGAAUUACGCAAGAAUGGUAAACUGCGUGCCAAGCGAAAACCACGAAUUUUAUUCUCCCAAGGGCAGGUCCUAGAGCUGGAACGUCGAUUCCGACAGCAGCGUUACCUUUCGGCACCGGAACGUGAAACGUUAGCCACCGUACUGAAGCUCACCCCUACUCAGGUGAAGAUUUGGUUCCAGAAUCGUCGCUAUAAAUCCAAGCGGAUACAAAUCGAGAACGCCACGGCUGCCAAGGAAGCAUCCACUGGAGUUGGUAAAGAUUCUGACACACCGAAAAAUUCCGCUGUUCUGACGGAAUAUGCUGACGAACCGGGCAGUAGCUAUCAGAGUGCGUUCGGAUCACUCGGUUCGGUAGUGACGGGUGUACCACAAUCACAAGCUCCACCUCCUCCUCCUCCACCGCCCUACCCGGCGGCAUAUGGGAUUCAGUAUGCUAAUAGUGAGCCAUAUGCGGCUCCUUCGAAUCCAUACUACGACCAGAAAGGAUACUGGUAAAACGGAUCUGACUUAGGGGAAAUUUUGUAAAUAGUCUUAAUCUACACAGCUUUAACCUUAGAUUACCGAUGACGUACCAAAAUGCUAGACCAAAUGUUGUAUUAGUGAAAUGUGUUGCCUUAGAUAGAUUACGUUAGUUGAAAUGAACAAUAAAAC